UCGAGCGCGUCGUCGGCGUUCGCGCGAACGACGCGCGUGCGACGAACGCACGACACGCGCGCGCGUCAAACGCACGCGUCCGCGCGUCGUACGUUGCCGUUUACGCGCGCGCGCGCGAGCGCGAACGCGCGAUUCGAUCGCAACGUUUGGUCGCGAUCUGAACAAAGAUGUUGACGAAGUUCGAGACGAAAUCGAACCGGGUGAAAGGGUUGGCGUUUCACCCCAAGCGACCGUGGAUUUUGGCGUCGCUGCACAGCGGGGUGAUUCAGUUAUGGGAUUAUCGCAUGGGAACGCUGAUCGAUCGAUUCGAUGAGCACGAGGGUCCAGUGCGGGGGGUACACUUUCACAGUUCGCAGCCGUUAUUCGUGUCAGGAGGGGAUGAUUAUAAGAUCAAGGUUUGGAGUUACAAGCUCAGACGGUGUAUGUUCACGCUUUUGGGUCACUUGGACUACAUCAGAACGGUUGAGUUUCACCAAGAGUACCCGUGGAUCGUCUCCGCUUCGGAUGAUCAGACGAUUCGGAUCUGGAACUGGCAGAGCAGAAGCUCGAUUGCGGUUCUCACGGGACAUAAUCACUACGUUAUGUGCGCGAGAUUCCAUCACAAGGAUGACUUGGUGGUUUCGGCGUCAUUGGAUCAGACGGUGAGAGUUUGGGACAUUAGCGGUCUCCGGCGCAAGGCUGUGAGUCCGGCGGAUGAGCUCCGCAUGCCGCAAAUGAACAACGAUCUGUUUGGUGGAGGUGACACUGUGGUGAAGUACAUCCUAGAAGGUCACGACCGCGGCGUCAAUUGGGCGGCUUUCCACCCGACGUUGCCGCUGAUUGUGUCCGGUGCGGACGAUCGUCAAGUGAAGCUUUGGCGCAUGAACGACACGAAGGCUUGGGAAGUUGACUCUCUUCGUGGACACGUCAACAACGUGAGUUGUGUCGCUUUCCAUGCCAGGCAGGAUGUGAUUGUGUCGAACUCAGAGGACAAGUCGAUCCGUGUGUGGGACAUGUCAAAGCGAGCCGACGCGCAAACCUUCCGACGAGAGAAUGAUCGGUUCUGGAUCUUGGCCGCGCAUCCUGAAGUCAAUUUGUUAGCCGCAGGCCAUGACAGUGGUAUGAUUGUUUUCAAGCUCGAACGUGAACGUCCGGCGUACACCAGCCACCAAGGUAGCUUGUUCUACGUGAAGGAUCGCUACUUGCGCCGCUAUGACUUUCAGUCUCAGCGGGAUAAUCCGUUGGUGUCCAUCCGACGCACCGUUGGAGGUCCCAACUCGAGCCCGAGAUCCAUGUCAUACAACCCAGCGGAGAAUGCGGUGCUCAUUACGUACGAUGCCGGUGGUGAAAACUACGAGCUUUUCAUGUUACCAAAGGAUAGCGGCCGAGGCGAAGUCAGUGGCGACUCACGUCGCGGUAACGGUAUUGGCGCGGUCUUCGUGGCCAGAAACCGAUUUGCGACACUGGAUAAGCAAUCGAAUAACAUCAUCAUCAAGAACUUGGACAACGAAAUGACCAAGAAGUGUGCCUGCCCUACCCCGGGCACUGACAUGAUCUUCUAUGCUGGCACAGGAUCGCUCUUGUGCCGCUCCGAUGAGAAGAUGGUGUUGUUUGAUCUCCAACAGCGCGCCGCUAUCGCCGAGCUUGCUGCACCACACAUCAAGUACGUCGUCUGGGCGUCAGAUAUGAGCCGUGUUGCUCUGCUGAGUAAGCACGCCAUCGUUCUCGCGGAUCGCAAGCUUGGUCACUCUGUCACGGUGCACGAAACCAUUCGCGUAAAGUCGGGAGCCUGGGACGAUCACGGUGUCUUCAUCUACACUACGCUCAACCACAUCAAAUACGCCUUACCAAAUGGUGACUCGGGCAUUAUUCGCACGUUGGAUAACCCCGUGUACCUCACCAAGGUGUUUGGCAAUGUCAUUUUCUGUUUGGAUCGUGAUGGACGUAACCGUCAGCUUCAGUUUGACCCGUCAGAGUACAUGUUCAAGCUCGCGCUCAAUGCGAAGAGGUUCGAUCAAGUGCUUUCGAUGAUCAAAAGUGGACAGCUCUGCGGCCAAUCGAUCAUCGCGUACUUGCAGCAAAAGGGUUACCCGGAGAUCGCGCUCCACUUCGUUCAGGAUGAACGCACUCGCUUUGAGUUGGCGUUGGAAUGCGGUAACAUCGAAGUCGCCCUCACUAGCGCUCAAGAGAUCGACGACAAAGACACAUGGCACAAGCUUGGUGUUGCGGCGUUGAAUCAAGGUAACCACCAAAUCGUUGAGUUUGCGUACCAAAAGACGAAGAAUUUUGAGCGUCUUUCAUUCUUGUACCUCAUCACCGGUAACCUCGAAAAGUUGAGUAAGAUGUUGAAGAUCUCGGAAAUGCGCGCCGAUGUCAUGGGACAGUUCCACAACGCACUCUACUUGGGUGACGUAGCCGAGCGAGUCAAGGUGCUUGAGAAUGUUGGCCACUACCCGCUCGCGUACUUAACCGCCAAGACACAUGGAUUGGAAGACGAUGCAGCGCGCAUAGCAGAAACAUUAAACGAGAACGGUGCCGCUAUUCCAGACGUGAGUGGCUUAGGAAAGCUGCUUCAACCGCCCGCUCCCUUGUUUAGAGGGGAUAACUGGCCGUUGUUGCCGGUGUCCAAGGGAUUCUUCGAAGGUGUUCUAUCUGGCGAGAUCGCUGGCGACGAGUACGCUGAAGAUGAUGUCAUGGGCAUGGGUGGUGUUGGUCUUGGAUGGGGUGACGCUGACAUUGAUAUCGGUGACGACGAGCGCGUCGAUCCGCUCGCCAAGGCUGGUAUUGCGCCCGAUGUUGAGUUCGACGACGUCGACAAUGAAAACGAUGGCUGGGGCAUGGAUGAAUUAGAACUACCGGAAGAGUUGAUGGGUGGUGCAGUGGAUGACACUGGCGCUGAAACGUUUCAUAGCGAUGUCUUCAUCGCACCAACCGCCGGCGUUCCGCCGUCGCGACGAUGGACUGAGAAGAGUGCCGUUGCCGGCGAGCACGUGGCUGCGGGCGAUUUCGAUAGCGCCAUGAAAUUGCUUAGCCGUCAGUUAGGGAUCGUCAAUUUCGCUCCACUCAAGCAACAUUUCGUGGAUUUGGCGUAUGCGUCGCAUGUGACCCUCGAGGGCAUGCCCGCAAGUCCCAAGAUACCGAUGCCGCUCGGCCGCGGCUGGUCUUCGCGCGCAACGGGUGUUUUGCCGCCUGCGAUGAUCUGUUCUCCGGAAAUUCUCCAGGAACGCCUCAAGUCCGCUUUCAAGUUAACUACUGAAGGCAAGUUUGUGGAAGCUUUGAAAGUGUUUGUCGGUAUCAUUCACGCGAUCACCUUGUUGAGCGUGGAGGAUCCGAGCGAAGUUGAGGACGUGGAACAGCUCUUGAAGGUGGCUCGCGAAUACGCGUGUGCGCUGAGGAUUGAGAUUGCUAGAAAGGAAGUCAAGGAUGACGCGACUCGACAAGCUGAGCUCGCCGCGUAUUUUACGCACUCUGAGAUGCAGCCGAUUCACCUGUCUCUUUCUCUGCGAUCGGCAAUGUCAAUUUUCUUCAAGCUGAAGAACUAUGUCACCGCCGCAACGUUCUGCCGUCGAUUACUUGAACUCAACCCGCCUGUCAAGGUGGCUACGCAAGCGAAACAAGUGUUACAAGCGUGCGAACGAGCACCUAAGGAUGAGGUCGAGGUCAACUACGAUCCUCACAAUCCGUUCGCCGUUUGCUCUGCUACCUUUGUUCCAAUUUACAAGGGGACGAAGGACUGCGUGUGCCCUACGUGUGGUGCGCACUACGUCGUGGAAGAAGCAGGGAACGUUUGCGGUGUGUGUAACUUAGGCAAAAUCGGAGCGGAUGCGACGGGACUGGUGUGUUCUGCGGCGCGUUAG